UUACAUAAUUUCGAUAAUGUUUUGGUUACCUUUUUCUGCCUUUCCUAUUGCUUCGUAGGCAUGAAACUGUGUCAUUUUUUGACGUUACACCAUUACAAUAAAAGACAAAUUGACACUUUUUUUUACUGAUUUAUUUCUUCAAACGAUAACAUGGGACAAUUCAUUCUUUCUGUUUUACGUCCAGGUAAAACUUCCCACAGUGAAACUGAUAGAUUACAAAUCAAACUAGCCCGAUAUGACCUUGAACAUUUAGAGAAAAAUAAAUUGUUCGUCGACGGUUUUUUUGUGUGUUUUUUUUAGGUAAAUAAAUCAAAAUAAGAUGUGAAUGUAAGAAUCAUUGAUCCAUACUGUUCUCAUCAGCAGCUUUGGUUUGACGCGUCUCUGACCGUCGAAGCUAGCUUCUUCUCCUCUUGCCUCCUGCUCAUUCCUCUUCCGGGUGAGGUAGUCGGUGGUUGAUGUUGAUCUAUCAGCCUGUCGCCCAGGAAACGGCGCAGCCAGCGUAAUCCGGCACAGGCUCAAAGACAGUGAAGCAUAAAAAAAAAAAAAAAAGCGAACUCCGCUGCGCCCUGGCGAGCUUUUGGUGCUGGACUCUUUGCUGGCCAAAUUUUGAAACCACCUGCCGCGCGAGGUUUGGCGUGUAUAUCUGCUUGUGCUUGUGGAUGUUCGAGCCAGACUUGCCUUACUUUUUGGCGUAAAUCAUGAGGUAUGGAAGGGCAUGCUGAGCGUAACUGUCCCAAAGAGGCACCAAGUAACACGGAGAUGCUCCUCGCUCUGCUGUCACACAGUGAGGAGUUACGGAAAGAAAUCCCCUUGUGCGCAGGCUGCAAUCAGCACAUCGUGGAUCGCUUCAUCCUCAAAGUGCUGGAUCGCCACUGGCACAGCAAGUGCCUGAAAUGCAGCGACUGUGAGGCGCAGCUUGCGGACAAGUGCUUCAGCAGAGGCGACAACGUCUACUGCAAAGACGAUUUCUUUAAGAGAUUUGGCACCAAAUGCGCGGCCUGUCAGCAGGGGAUCCCGCCCACCCAGGUGGUGAGGAGAGCGCAGGACUUCGUCUACCACCUGCACUGUUUUGCGUGCAUCGUGUGCAAGAGGCAGCUGGCCACAGGUGACGAGUACUACCUGAUGGAGGACAGCAGGCUGGUCUGCAAGGCCGACUAUGAGACCGCAAAGCAGAGAGAAGCAGACUCCACGGCAAAAAGGCCCCGGACGACCAUCACUGCUAAACAACUAGAGACGCUGAAGAAUGCCUACAACAACUCUCCAAAACCGGCCCGCCACGUCCGGGAGCAGCUGUCGUCAGAGACGGGCCUGGACAUGCGGGUUGUCCAGGUUUGGUUUCAGAACCGACGAGCGAAAGAAAAGCGACUGAAGAAGGACGCCGGGCGGCAAAGGUGGGGCCAAUAUUUCCGCAACAUGAAGAGGUCGCGAGGAAGUUCCAAGUCUGACAAUAACAGCAUUCAGGAGGAGGGCAUGGACAGCGACGCUGAGGUGUCCUUCACAGAUGAACCUCCCAUGUCAGAGCUUGGCCACACCAACAGCAUUUACAGCAGCCUGAGCGAGUCCUCUCCAGCUGUAGGAGGACGCCAAACCGGCAACAACCACAGCUCCUUCCCGCUGGACCACGGCACGCUUCCCUCCCAGGACCAGUUCCACGACAUCCGCUCCAGCAGCCCCUAUGGCCUCCCCCAGUCGCCGGGGUCCCUUCACGCCCUGCCGAGACACCAGCCUCUCAUCACCAGCCUCGUUUACCCCGAUUCGGGCCUUUCUAUCAUGACUCAAAGCGGCGGACCGGGCGUCAACCCCUCUGUGAGAGUCUCCAUGGGGGCCGCCAACGGCCCCAGCUCAGACCUCUCCACUGGCAGCAGCGGUGGGUACCCGGAUUUUCCCGCAAGCCCUGCGUCUUGGUUAGACGAAGUGGAUCACGGGCAGUUUUAAUUUUGACAGCGAGAAACUUGACUCUGUUGUCUCCUGCUGGCGUUCUUUUCGUGCUCUGUUGGACUGAAGAAAUGCGGGAGUCGUGCAAAGGGGGCGGUGUCUGUGUGAAGUAGCAGAACACUGGUCAGAUCUCACUUGCAGCUGCCAGAUUAAUAAGAGAAAAAUACAAACAAAAAGCUAUCCAUUUAAAACAUUAUGACAUAAUGUUUGCAAAUUACCAAUUUGUCACUAAAUCUAUUCUUUGUAAAUGCCACUCUGGAGUCUUUUAAAGCAAACUAGCUAGUGGAGGAAGAACUGAUAAGGUUAGACAUUAGACACUUGUAUUUUUUAUUUAUUUAUUUUUUAUUUUAUAUUUUUCUCAAAUCCCAGCAUUACUUCUCUGAUUUAACUUUAUCACUUUUGGCAUGAUCAGGUGAAAAAUCCAGUCCAAUGCGCUGCAUCUUUAAAUGUCUGUUUGUUGCCAAAUGUCUACACUUAAGUAUAUACGAAAAUAUACUUAAAUAUACACUUAACGUUUAUGAUCCAUAAAUGUGGAGACUUUAUUUUUAUACAAAUCCGAUUCUUGGACGUAAAAGAAGGCGCUGGGCAUGGGGACUUUGUACAUUCUUGAAAAAUGUAGAUAUCAUGUUAAAAUGGUACCCAGGGGUCCAAUCACUUCUAUGCAUUUGGUGUGUUCUCAAAUGUGUCUCGUUUGCUUUGUUGUACCAGAAAAACCAUCUCAAAGAUGAGCUGUAGAAAUCGGAGUUGGGGAAUUGGGACGGGAUGUAUAUGUUUGUUUAUGUGGAAAAUGUCUUAUGUAUUAUUUAUUCCCUACUGUAAUUAUGACAAUUCAUAUAUAAAUAGCAGGACUUUAAUAAAUUUCACACCUUACAGA